ACUUGCCCCUUUGAAAACACAGUUUCUGUCUUUUGAAUGAUCUCCACAUGGUGUUUUAUUUUCAGGAUCUGCUUUUUUGUGUGAACAGAUUUUCAGUAGGUCUACAUAGGAACAGGUUUUUUAAAAAAAACUUUUGAUCUCCAAAUAUUACUUCAGCCAUCGCAUUCAGACAGAAAUCUUUGUGCUAGAAGCCUAACAGUUUGUUCCAUUAUUCAACGUAAUUCAUCAUGACUUCUUGUGACAUCAUCCCACGGCCACGACCGGUCUCGCAGCUCAAUCGAAAAGUCUACCUUGGUCUUUACGAUAACAGAACCUGGCCUGAGCCAGAUUCUAGGGAUGAGCAGCGAGUCAGGGACUUUAUGGUACAGAAAUAUGAGAACAAACGGUUUUAUGUUGCACCCACAGAGGCUAUGAGAGAAGAGGCUAGGCAUAUGAACGAAGCAGCACUAAGUAAACAGCCACAGACAAAGCCACUUCGGUCACUGCUUGGGGAAAACGCUACAAAACUUGUUGUUGGCAGCAGCCAGCAAGCACAGGUGAAUCAGAACGGCACACAGGCAGGUGCUCAGCCACCAAGCACCAUGGCGGCAGCAAGACCAGUUGCAGCAGCUUCCACACCAGCUCCAGUUCAAGCUCCAGCACUGACAGCCAAGACCAGUGGCUUUGACCUUCUGGGUGACCUAAGCAAUGACCCUUUCGCCUCUUCUGCACCACAGUCUUCCAGUUCUUCAGCAGGAGGCUUUGCUGACUUUGACAGCUUUGGGGCAACUGCAGCAGCCCCAAUCACUCAGUCAUCCCAGCCUGUCCAGUCGUCUGCACCAACCACAUUUCCUAUCUCCAACACACCCCUGCAGCCUUUUGCUAGUUCUGGAAGUCUGCAGCCCCUCUCUGCAACUCCCCUUAACUCAGCCACAGCAGCUGCAGCACCGCCGCCCCCUGCCAGCACUGCAACCAGCUUCUCUGCCAUCAGCGACAAGUAUGCAGCCUUGGCAGACCUCGACAGCUCCUUCAACACCACCCCAGUCCAAACAACAACCAUCAACUGGGGGGGUUCUGAGCCUGUGACUGGAGGGCCAAUCAACUGGGGGACAGCAGGCUCAAGUGGGACAAGUCUCGGGCAGCCCAGUUCUGGCCUGGGAGACACAGGGAGUGCCCUUAACUGGACCAGCCAGGGGGCCUCAAGCAGCGCCAGUCCCAGCAACCUUGGUAUGAACUGGAACAGCAGUAUUGGGAGUGCACCUUUCGCAGGAGGGGGUGUGCUUGGUGCAUCUUCAACAGACGCCUGGAACACUAGUGUAGUAGGAAAACCAGGCAACCCCUUCUUGCCGCAAUCUGUUGCCAAUCCCUUUGGAACCAGUGCUCCAACCUUGCCUCAGACAGCAAACUUGCCUGGUUCAGCAAACCCAUUUGCCACACCAGUGCCUGCUUCUUAUGGACAACCAGCCACAGUGUCCACUGCAGCAGGUUUUGGGUACCAACCAUAUACUCUUCAAAAUGGAGGCUUUGGCAUGCCAUCCACAGCCACAGGUUUUGCCUACAGCACAGCUGCCCCAACAUUUGCUGCCCCACAAGGCUACCAAACUCAGACAGGCAUGGCCCCUGCUCAGGGCUUUGGAAUGCAGCCACCUGUCACAGCAGCAUUUGGCGUACAGCAACCAGGGUUUGCAGGAGGAUGGGGCCAGAUGGGCGGGAACCUACCACCCCAUCAACCUUCAGUCAACCCAUUUAUGGUUGGUACUCCACCACACAAUAGUAGCCAGAUGCCCUCUUCGCCUUUUGGUCAGCCUUGAGUGUGCAUGUAACUGUCGUGUUGAAAAUUGUUGUCUCAGCAUUCUCGUGGUCAGCCUUCAGAGAUGUAUUUUUGUUCACUUGCAAAAGUUGGGAGAGGAGAGGCUUGUCUGACAUGCUUGGCUGCAAAUAAAUAGUUAACUGGAAGUAGAACAAGAGAAUUCUGGUUGAGAAAUUGAUAGAGAAGGGUGUGGCAUUAACUAUUCCAAAGUUUUUUGUGGUUUUUUUUUCUUAUUUUUUUUUUCUUUGGCGGGAGGUCGGAUAAAAUAUGCAGACAUUGUCAUGGAGAGAGUGACAUUUUCCUCUAUUCUUUGAACAGGGAAGUUUCUCCCAAAUCAUAUACAUCUUAUGUACAUCAUUAUUUCCUCUUAAGAAGGCAAGAAAGAGCAUGAUCAGACAUGAUGUUGCUCCAUCUGCCUGUGUUGAGAAUUUUAAAAUACACCUUUGCAGUUCCAUGUCCACUAUGCCUUUAAUGACAUAUGCACCUGAAAUUUCUGUAUGGUGGCAUGCACCAAAUGUGUUGCGUAAACAACCAGAGUCUCUUGUUUGCUGUUGGCUAACAUGUAAGCUGCAGUCAAGCUGCCAUACUAACAACUGUGAAAAGCUUGCCCAAGCUGGUUUGUAGUAUUGUAAUUCUGCUUUGUGUAUGCAAAAAGAGCUGGUGCAGGGAAGUGGUUUUUUUCCCCAAAAUGGAAAUAUGUAUAUAACACAUACAUAAAUUAUACAUACAAGCAUAUGCACACUUACUUUGGUUUGAUUUUCUUUCUUAUUCCAUUAUUUAGUUAUAGCUCCUUAAGUUUUGAGAAUAAAGCCAGCUGUGAACUGUGACCAGAUUGAGAAAUCAUUUCCCUUAGAAGUUCACUCUGUUACUCCAUCUAUUUUGAGAGGAAAUUUCCCCCAUAAUAUUGAGCCAGAGCUUCCAUACAGUAAGCAGAUAGGUCAGUUACAGAAUAUGCUUUAUGAAAGGUGGUGAGAAGGAGACUGAGUAGGGACACUUGAAAGAUCAUGAAUUUUUGUGGACCAGAAUGCUUCAUAUAUACCAAAACCAAGUAAGAGAAAUAGUUCCAACAGGCGUUGUCGACAAGAAAAACAAAUUACACAAUAUCUGACCUUGUCAAACAUACAUUGGUUGCUGCUAGAUGAUGCCAUCUCAGUGUCAGUGUUAUUUGGGCUGCAUGCACUUUGCAUUUUGUUCAUUUACUGCCAUAAUGAUGGUGCAAAGGAUGGACUUUGUCUUUGAAAAUUUGGGAUGUUAACUCCCAACCCCACUCCCCCCAACUCUCUGCCUCCUGUACUCGCCAUGUUUGGCUCCUGCUUUAGCAGGUAACAUUUUACAUACAGUAGCUGCAGCUCUUUUGUUGCUGACACUGGCAAAAAACAAUUGUGCAAUGAGUAAAGGACCAUUAUAAAUGUUACAUGGGGACUAUCAGCCACUUUUUUUUUUUUGUUUAGAGUUAUUUUCAUCAUCUCAAGUUACUCCUGGCAAAUUUUCCUGUCAGAACCUGCAUAGAAAGUAGAAAAAUUUGGAAGUAAGAUGAAUGAAAAUGAGAACUUUUACCUACCUCCUUUUUUUUAUCAACAUAAAUAAUUUUUAAAAAUACAAUAAAAUCAUGUAAAAUAAACCUUAGAAGCUGAGAUACUGGCUGGAUUAAAAAAAUUAGUUUUCCCCCCCCCCCUUCGGUGAUUUGUAUAAUAAACAUUUAUUUGUGAGAAAAUGCUGAAAGUGCUUAUGGAUUAAGAAGCUGUUGAGGCAUGGAAAACAUUUGCCUUUGCUAUCACAGAAAUGAUAAUGAUCAAAGUGACACUAUUUUUAUCCCUGCUUUGCCAAAGACUGUCUUAUUCCCAUAAUAAUAUAACGAUAAAGGAGUAACUUAUUUUAGAUAUAAAAUCAUACUUUUGCUGACCUUUGAAUAAUAUUAAAUCUGUAAUGUCAGUGUAGAUGGAUGAUGAUCAUGCAUUUUGUGCACUGUAAAUUAUAACACUGAUGUGUGCACUUGUGUGUGUAUGUGUGUGCAGCUAUUUCUUUGUCACUGUGUGACACGUGUUUUGCGGAAAUUCCUCUUGAGAUUUUCCCCUUUAUGAUGUUUUGAAUGGACUAAUGUUUAAUACUGAUAUAAUUUAAUACUGAUAUGUUUACUCUUACUCAUAUUACUUACUCUUAACCUUUCAGAGGUGGUGAUGUUUUGUGGGACAUUUACAGAUUUUGAAGGAAUCAUGUAUACAGUUUCUUUAACAUAGCAAACUCACAACCUAGAUGGCUUUUGUGCAUUGUUCAUGCUUUGUGUAUACUAACAAAACUGACACUUGCUAAUCUCAAUUGAAAUGGAAAAGUAUUAAAUGUAGAUGGUAGAUGGAU